AUGGUUGCCGGUCUCUUUUCGAAGGGACUAUUGCUCCUAGGUCUCUGCACGGGCCUGGGAGCUACUAAGGACGAUUCCAAACCACUGUACAAGAAUCCAAAUGCUGCAGUGGAUGAUCGGGUGGACGAUCUGCUGAGCCGGAUGACCAUUGAGGACAAGAAGGCCCAGUUGAUUCAAGGCGACAUCACCAAUUGGAUGGACGACACGACCGGGGAUUUCAACUACACCGGCCUGGUGGAAAAUAUGAAAUGGAAAGCCGGAAUGUUCUACGUUGGAUAUCCCGUUCCUUGGGACUGGAUCGCGACCAAUGUCAAGAGAGCUCAGGAUUACCUUGUCAAGAACACGACGCUUGGUAUACCGGCGCUGGUCCAGACGGAAGCGAUUCACGGUUUCUUGAUUGGCAAUGCGACGAUCUACAACUCGCCUAUUGGAUACGGGUGCUCCUUCAAUAGAGAUUUGAUCUACAAGAUGGGCAAGCUUAUCAGCCAGGAAGCUCUCGCUCUUGGCGCGAACCAGCUCAUGGCGCCGGUGGUUGACCUUGCACGGGAGCUGCGUUUUGGACGAGUCGAAGAGACUUUCUCCGAAGACCCAUUCCUUGCGGGAGAAAUCGGCUACUCCUACGUGAAGGGAAUCCAGAGCCUGAACGCCUCUGCCAUGGUCAAGCAUUAUGCGGGAUUCAGUCAGCCAGAGCAAGGACUCAAUACUGCGCCAGUGCAUGGCGGUGAGAGAUACCUGCGCACGACCUGGCUGCCGCCAUUCAAGAGAGCCAUCAUCGAUGCCGGUGCCUGGAGUAUCAUGAGCGCAUAUCACUCAUACGACGGCAUUCCCGCAAUCUCCGACUACCACACCUUGACUGAAAUCCUGCGUGAAGAAUGGGGCUACGAAUACUUCGUCAUCAGCGAUGCCGGCGCCAGUGACAGACUCUGCACCGCUUUCCACCUCUGCGAGAGCGACCCCAUCGACAUGAACGCCGUCACCCUUCAGGCCCUCCCUGCCGGUAACGACGUCGAGAUGGGCGGAGGUUCUUUCAACUUCCAAAAGAUCCCCGACCUCGUUGAAUCCGGCAAACUCGACAUCGAGACCGUCGACACGGCAGUGAAGCGCGUGCUCAAGACGAAGUUCGAAAUGGGUCUCUUCGAGAACCCCUACCGCGCGGCUCCCAAGUCCCAGUGGAAGAAGCUCAUCCACAGCAAGGAGGCGGUGGAUCUGGCGCGGGAGAUUGACAGAGAGUCGAUUGUUCUGCUCGAGAACCAUGACGAUAUCCUGCCGUUGAAGAAGGACGGCAAUAUUGCGGUCAUUGGACCUAUGGCUCAUGGGUUUAUGAACUACGGAGACUACGUCGUCUACGAGAGCCAAUACCGCGGCGUCACGCCGCUCGACGGCAUCAAGAAAGCCGUCGGCAAGAAAGCCAACGUGCACUACGCGCAGGGCUGCGAGCGAUGGAGCAACGACGAGUCCGGCUUCGAGGAAGCCGUGGCCGCGGCGAAGAAAUCCGACGUGGCUGUCGUCGUGGUGGGAACGUGGUCUCGCGAUCAGAAAGAGCUCUGGGCUGGUUUGAACGCUACAACCGGCGAACACGUCGACGUCAACUCCCUCGACCUCGUCGGCGCGCAAAGCUCCCUCAUAAAAGCCAUCACGGCCACCGGCGUGCCCACAAUCGUGGUCCUCUCGACCGGCAAACCCAUCACAGAAACCUGGCUCUCAACCAACACCUCCGCUUUAAUCCAACAAUUCUACCCCUCUGAAGAAGGCGGCAACGCGCUCGCCGACAUCCUCUUCGGCGACUACAACCCCUCCGGCAAGCUCUCGGUCAGUUUCCCCCGGUACGUCGGCGACCUACCGAUCUAUUACGACUACCUGAACUCGGCGCGCACGAUCGGCGACCCCGGGGUGGAAUACGACAACGGGACCCUCGUCUUCGGCCACCAGUAUGUCCUGGGCUCCCCGGAACCGUGGUACGAGUUCGGGUACGGGAAGAGCUAUUCGACAUUCGAGUAUCAGAACGUGCGCGUGGAUAAGACCAAUGUGACGGAUGCCGAUACCAUCACGGUGUCUGUGGACGUGAAGAACACGUCGAAGCGGAAGGGCGCCGAGGUCGUGCAGGUGUAUAUCCAGGAUGUGUUUGCAAGUGUGGUGGUGCCGAAUCGCGAGCUGAAGGGGUUCGAGAAGGUGGUGAUUGGGGCGGGGAAGACGCGGACGGUGAAGAUUCCCAUUAAGGUGGGGGAUUUGGGGGUGUGGAAUGUGAAGAUGAAGUAUGUUGUUGAGCCGGGGAAGUUUGUGGCGCUCGUGGGGAGUAGCUCGAAGGAUGUUAGGGGGAAUGCGACGUUUUGGGUGCGUUGA